GAGAUACCCUACCAAAAAUGGCUGUCCCAUCUCAUCCAAAAUCCAUCCAGCAUCCAUGUCCGAGCUCAAAUUCCAUGAAAAUCAAAACCCUAUUCCACUCUCAUGUCUUCAGGCACAUUUGCCUCGUCGUCCGGGCACUGACCAAAGCCAAGUCAGUGAUCGCAGAGCUUUUCAAGGACGACGACCGACCCGAUUACUACAAGAACAGUAUCAAGAAGAGCAAGAAGAAGAGGAAGCUGUUCAGCACCAUUAGAACACACUACAACUGGUGCUCCUCUCAUGUCAUACCCAUGCCGGAGCCCGCCAUGGAUGGGUUCAGCAGCGGCCACAAUCUUUACUACGACUCCACAUGGAACUCCGUCUGCCCUGCGGAGGAAUGCGAGGCGGCUGUGGAGUCUCAGCUCUCGGGGCACUUUCAUUGGCUUGAAGAGAAGGUCGUCGUCCCAGCUGCAGAGAACUCCACGGCAGAUGUUGAGGUCGACGAGAUUGAUCGGCUUGCUGCCAAGUUCAUUGCCAGUUGCCAUGAGAAAUUCAGGUUGGAGAAGCAGGAAUCUUACAGGAGAUACCAAGAAAUGAUGGCUAGAAGCGUGUGAUCGAUCGAUAUGGGUGUCUUUGGUUUCAGAGUUAUACUUAGCUCCAUUGGUGGGGUGGUGGUGUGGCAUUAGUUGUAGAGUUGGUUAUAGAUUGGGUUGAUGGGUUCAAUGGUCAUCCUCUUCCUUCUUCUUCUUCUUCUUCUUCUUCUUCUUCUUCUUCUUCUUCUUCUUCUUCUUCUUCAACUUCUUUCCUUCUUUCUUUUGUUAUCUUUUUCACUGAUGGGUCUUGGACAAUGGUAUAAAAUGUGAAUUGAUGAUCAGGUUUUUAUGGUGGUUGGCUCAACUUCUGAACCAGUUGCACUGAAUUGCUUGGACUUUCUCUGUGUUCUUCAUUCAUAUUUUUUUUAUUCUUAUUCUUGGCUUUUAAAUUUAAUUAAGUUCACAAAAUGUUCCGUCUCAAGGGAUGGAUCAAAGGAAUUGUUUCUGGGAUUUCACCCUACGAAGUUUUCAUGGUUGAUUGUCAUCAAUC